AUGAUAGUCGCUCACGCUCCAAAAACUUAUUUCGGUUCAGGAGAUAUACAAAAAUCAUUGGGCUCUCUUCCUGGAUUUCCAUGGGCGAAAUAUCCCGGAGAAAAACAUCUUCCGUGUCAUAAUUACACCGGUCCAGGUACCAGGUUAGAUCUGCGACUAGACGAAAACGAUAAACCCAAACCAGGGGAAGAACCAGUCAAUAGAGUUGACGCCGCUGCGCUUAAACACGAUAUUUUAUACAGAAAUAAAGACAUAAACUUCAGACACGAAGCAGACAGACAAAUGAUAAUCGAACUUGAAAAUAUUCCAAAUCCAACUUUCAAAGAUAGAAUGCAAAGAGCAUUAAUCAUAAAACUGUUAAAAGCAAAGAUGAAAUUAGGCAUGGGAUUAGCGGAUGAAAUUCAUAAAGAAUUUAGAAAAACUAAAAACUUUUUAAAAGUUAAAUCUCCGGAAAACGAUAAUGACGCUGUUCACAAGAAAUAUUUACGGGAUCAAAUAAAUUCAAUUGAAGUAAAUAAAAACCAUUUAGAAGAUAAAAUAAGUAAUGUGAAAAGAUUCUUCAAACGUCAACUAAAUAAUAAAAAUGUUGUUAAUGAUACUAAACUACAACAAGAGGUAAUAAAAAGAUUAAUAAGUUUUAUUCAAAAAGAAUUGGUCAACGUAGCGAAUAAAACUGAGUUACAAAAUUUAAUUUCAUUAAUAUCUAAAUUAGAGGAUAAGAUUGCAAAACAAAAAUUAGACAUUCAACAAUUGAUAGAAAAUGAAGAUACGUUUCAACAGGAAUUAAAUGCUCUAGAAACUAAACUUAACAGUGAAUUACAAAAAGAACUAACAAAUAUUAAACAACAAAUACAAAACAUAGACGAAAUCAAAACCUAUAUUCAACAACAAAUACAAAACAUAGAUGAUAGCGAAAUCAAAACCUAUAUUCAUCAACAAAUACAGAACAUUGAUGAUAGUGUUAUUCAACAACAGAUAACCACUAUUAAUAACCUAGUUUUGAAACAGGACAAAAAUAUAGUCGCAUUAGAAAAAAAGUUUCUCAAGGAGGAAUCAUAUUAUUUCAAUCUUCCAUUUAGAAAUUUGGGUUUUUUUAGUGCUUCUAUUACUAAUAAUAUUGAUAAAUCAAAAGACUAUGAAUAUAAAACAUAUGGAUUUACAGCAAAUAUUAGAGUAUAUUGUGUUCCAAAUUAUACUAUUCAUCCCAAUUAUAUUUUUGAUGAUGAUGAUGAGGAUGAUUAUCGUCCAAUAAAUUUUACUUUCCGAGGAAAACUUAUAAUUGAAAUAACUUUCCCUUUUCAGGUAAAAGUUGAUUCAAUAUUCUUCACACAAGACUCUCAUUUUUCUGAUAAAAAAUUUAACGCUCAAAAAGUUCUUCAGUUUAUCAAUGGUACAAAAAAUGUAGAAACUAAAGAAUUUGAAAUUAACGACGAAAACAACAAGCCUCGACACUUAUAUGAAAUUAAAACGAGUGGAAAAUAUAUAGAUAGGUUUAAAAUGUUAAUCAUACCAGAUAAAGAAGAAGAUGAAUUUAUAUUGAGUGAUUUUGAUAUGUUAUUGGCGACGGAAACUCCACCAUCAAUGAAUAUUAUUAGAAAUCUAGAACCACAAAAAGAAGGAAAUAUGAGUUAUGAGUUUUUACGAACAUCAGACUUUGAAUACGUAAAACUAUAUUUUGUUAAUAAUGAUUGA